AUGACUACUGAAAAUAGAUGCGGUGUACUGGGCAAUAUGAUCAGCCCAAGCUCCAUUCGACAGCAUGCUAGAGGGAGAAAAGCUGUUAUUGAUCCAGAUACAGUGUAUAUGGUUUUGAGUGCAUCUAAGAAUGAUUUAUUUACAUCUUUCGGAAAACUGAAAUCAUACUCUGAUGAAAUUUGGAUAUACUUGAGUGAUUGCCUAGAAAAUAAAAUGACUCCAAAUAAUAUCUAUAUAGCUCUGUAUAAAGAUAGACAUGAAUGGCAAACGAAACUUCAUCCUGAAAUAAAAGAUGAAUCUGAUGAACAAAAUUUAAAUGAAGGCAAAAUGUUGCAUUUGACUUUUKAUAUACCAUAUAGAGACUACUAUAAAAUGAAUCCAGUUGAAGUUAUGUAUGGGAAAAAAAAAGCCAAAGAAACUGCCUUAUCUAAAGAAUUUAAAAGAAGAUUUCAGGAUUUAAGAGCUGUAAAAAAUUGCUUUUUACUUAUAGWAAAUCCUUGGCACUUAGAAGUAACGAGUAUAACACAAUUAGCAUUGACUGUAUCUGAAUAUUCAAAAGUGUUUGAUGAAUUUAUUGAAUUAAAAAAUGAUACAAAUUUCGAAGCUAUUUUCAAAGAGAAGAGAGAACAAAAAGAAUACAUAGAGUUUUGGAAUUUAGUGCCAGGAAAAUACAAAACCCUACAAAAAUGUGCCCACUUUUUGAUGACAAUGUUCACAUCAACAUAUCUAUGCGAAACUUCAUAUUCAAAAAUGAAAUAUGCAAAGAAUGUGUACAGAAAUCGGCUUACUGAUUCACAUCUUGACGACUUGUUAAGAGUAGCAUGCAGCAACUACAAACCAGAUAUGUCCAAAAUAGUGAAAAAACUAUCUCAAUUUCAAAAUKCACACUAA